GUUAAUAAAUGUGGUUGCAUCUCGCUUAGAAUUUCUGCCUUUUAUUUAUUCAUUGAAAACUAGAUAAUUAACCAUAUUCUAAUAGUUAAUUAUUUGUAGUAUUUUUACACCGUCCACCGCUGAUACUCAAGCCCUCAAGCCUUACAAAUUGGGACACAUGUAAACUUUGUCCAUGAUGGAAGGUGACGAACUUGGAAGUGACCUAGUGAGAUUGGAAAACGGAUUUUUAGUAGACGAAGACACUUAUGUAGUAAAUGGCGAUGAUGUAUUAGAACAAGAAGAAAACAAUUCAGACUCCAACAGUGGUGGUAAAAAUGUGCCUUUAAGGGAACAGGACCGUUUUCUGCCCAUUGCAAACAUAGCUAAAAUCAUGAAAAGAGCUAUUCCCAAGAAAGGAAAGAUAGCCAAAGAUGCAAGAGAGUGUGUACAAGAGUGUAUAUCUGAGUUCAUAUCGUUCAUCACAAGCGAGGCCAGCGAUCGGUGUAUGAUGGAAAAGAGAAAGACAAUUAACGGAGAAGAUGUUCUGUUUGCUAUGAGCGCACUCGGUUUUGAUAAUUAUGUGGAACCGUUAAAGAUUUAUCUCAAGAAAUAUAGAGAAGUUGUUUUGUCACCUGUCACAGUUAACAAAUUAAACAGAGUGAUGUAUGGCUCAGAUGAAUCAAUCGCUAUUUUGUCGAAUGAAAAUGAUAGUGAAACCCAGACAGAAACUGCUGUAUACAACUAUCCUAAAGUAAUCAGUGAAUAUACAAUAACACAGUGAGAAGUUAAGUUAUUUAUAUAAGUAAAGCUUAAAAAAUCAUUGAAAAUGUCAAUAUUUAACAGAAAAUCAUGAAUACUUAUAGUAACAAGCCACAUUAUCUCAAUGCCCAAAGUAAUAGUAAAUGUUUUUCUGAUAAUACCUUUUUAAAAUAAAUGCUACAAAAAUCCUGGUAUAAAUUAUUAGAACUAAGAGUAAAGAACUUUUUAAGAAAUUAAUAUUGCACAAAGAAUGAGACAAGAAUUUGAAAUAACCGAUCUGUAAUAUUGAAAAUGAAACAAGAGCGAUUCAAAUGUAAGUUUAAUUAUUU